CCAAAACGGCUGCAACGCGCUGUGGCUCCGAGAAAAGAUAAAUUUUAAUAAAACACUUUCGAAUAAAAAUUGUAUGCUAUAAAAGUGCAAUCUAAAACAAAGCAAUCUUUUGAUAGUUGUAAUACAUUUCAAUUAAGGAGCAACAAUUCAAUUUUACAAACACGACCUCGAAACUAAAAGUCCUUGCCUGUAGUAAUAUACAUAUUUGUGAUUAAAAAAGAAUCUAAGUGAAUAAGAUGGUGGGCACAAACAUAAAACUGCUCCUGGAUGAGAAUGCCAGCGAAAAGUUCAAUCAAGUGCACGUUAAGAAAUUGACAGUGCCUCCUAACGAGGCAACCACGAAGCGUGCUGCUUUGGGAGACUUGCAAAAUCGCGGGGUAACACGCGCCAUCGGAGCUAAGGAUGCGGUUCAAAAAGAUGUUAAGAUCGACACCUUACCAAAUGUUUUACGCAAUGCUAAGGCGCGCGUAGACUCGCAUUGGAAGAAACAACCACUGGGCGUAAGCAAUAUCAACAAUGCGGUCGCAACCAAGACUACAAGCAAUGCCGCUGGGCCACUGCUGCGCUCCAACUCUAUGCGCACCAACGUAAACGCAUUGACGAGUCACACAUCAACGACCCGGAUAGCCGUCACUGCUAAAGUAACUGCCGAUGCUGCAAGCAAGCUUGCAGCAAAGCCCAAAACCGUCUUGAACUCCAGUGAGCAAGUGAACGUUGUCGGUGGCAACAAUGCCACAACUACAUUGCGUCGCGAGGACAGCAACUUGUCGCGCAAAUCUCUGACUAAAUUGCGCGCCGCUCUGGCCAAGCCAACAGUCACAGCCAAGGUGGCCAACAGUGGUGCAGUCCCUGCCAACACAGCUGCAGCUGGACUUAAGAAAGAGCCAUUGCUGAAAAAGGAGGUCGUCAGCAGCAACAGCAACAGCGCCUUAGCUAAGCUGCCUAAGCCGCGCCCAGUGACCACUACCACUUCAGCCAGACGCUUGGCUGGCAUCGAGAAUAUUGAUGCUGGAGAUUCAGAUAACUUGGUGUUGGUCUCACAAUAUGUAAACGAUAUCUAUGACUAUUUGUACCAAGUAGAGGAACAACAGCCCAUACACAAGGAUCAUCUUGCUGGGCAACUGGAUGUCACAUCGAAAAUGCGUGCAGUGCUCAUUGAUUGGAUUAACGAAGUGCACAUGCAAUUCCGUUUGGCUGCCGAAACGUUCCAGCUGGCCGUGGCCAUUAUCGAUCUGUAUCUGCAGAAAGUGAAGGAUACUAAGCGCAGCUACCUGCAACUGGUGGGCGUAACUGCGCUCUUCAUAGCCACCAAAUUCGAGGAACUCUUUCCGCCAGCACUCGCUGACUUUGUUUACAUCACCGAUGACACAUAUAAUGCACGCCAAAUACGCCAAAUGGAACUGCACAUCUUCAAGGCCAUUGACUGCAACUUGUCGCGCCCACUACCGAUUCAUUUCUUGCGCCGUUUCUCCAAGGCAGCUGGCGCCGAGGAUGCUCACCAUGCUUUGGCAAAAUACUUUCUGGAAUUAGCACUAAUGGAUUAUGAGCUGGCCAGUUAUAAACCUUCAGAGAUUGCGGCUGCCUCUUUGUUUCUGUCGCUGCAUUUAAUAAAUGGAAAUUCAAAGGCUGCUACUGGCUUCAACGACAAGCACUGGACUACUACACUGGCUCACUACUCUCGCUACACGGCCACGCAUUUAAGGCCCAUCACUAAACAAAUUGCGAAACUGGCUCGCGAUGCGCCAACUACCAAGCUGCGGGCUAUCUAUAACAAAUAUCAAGGCAAUAAGUUCCAAAAAAUCGCAAUGCGGCCCGAGCUGUACGGAGCCCUGAUGGACUCAAUUGUAGGAAAAAAGAAGUAGAUCAUCAUCGAGUGUCGCUCACACAACCAACCACCCUCCCUCUUAAGUAGUUUAAUUUGUUCAUUAUUUAAAUCAUUUUCGUAUUUUGUUUCGUGUUUAUAAUUUGUAAGUGUAAAAUGUCUCGUAUUGAGGAUCUACGUGAAGAAUGCGUUUGUCUCAUCGCUGCAGCAAAGCGAUAACGAAUAAAAGCAGUUAUCCCUGUCGA